ACGUAGCCGGCGGGACCGAGAAAUCCAGGGCCCCGGCCUGGGAGGUGGGGUCUUUGUGGGGCCGUGGGUUGGAGGCAGGUUUUUAACGGUCGGCAAUGGGUAGCCGAAUCGAGUGCGUGUUUUUCAGCGAGUUUCACCCGACCCUCGGGCCGAAAAUCACCUUUCAGGUGCCUGAGGAGUACAUUUCAAGGGAACUAUUUGAUACAGUCCAGGUAUACAUCAUAACAAAGCCAGAGUUACAGAAUAAACUCAUUACUGUUACUUCUAUGGAUAAGAAGCUAAUUGGCUGCCCCGUGUGCAUAGAACACAAGAAGUAUGUCCGCAAUGCAUUACUGUUCAACCUGGGCUUUGUUUGUGAUGCAAAAGCGAAGACUUGCUCUUUGGAGCCAAUCGUUAAAAAGCUGGCAGGCUACCUCACUACAUUGGAGCUGGAGAGCGGUUUCAUCUCAAAUGAGGACAGCAAACAGAAAUUAGUCCCGCUAAUGACCAUUAUUCUGGAGGAGCUGAAUGCUCGUGGAGAGUGCUCAUUACCAAUAGAUGAAUCCAACACUAUUCACCUGAAGGUGAUCACCCAACGGAGAGACCAGCCUGUGGUGCAAGAAUAUGAUGUUCCAGUAUUCACUGAGUGUAAAGAAGAUUUUAUUAAAAUCCACUGGGAUCUGACUACACAGCAGAUUUUGCCAUACAUUGACGGAUUCCGUCAUGUCCAGAAGAUCUCUGCUGAGGCAGACGUGGAGUUGAACUUGGUGCGGAUUGCAGUGCAGAAUUUACUGUACUAUGGAGUUGUGACCUUAGUCCCUAUAUUCCAGUAUUCCAAUGUGUACUGCCCAACUCCUCGGGUACAGGAUCUGGUGGAUGACAAGUCCUUGCAGGAAGAGUGCCUAGCAUAUGUCACCAAGCCAGGACACAAGCGUGCCAGUCUGCGAGAUGUCUUCCAGCUUUACUGUGGGCUCAGUCCUGGCACUACAGCACGAGAUCUCUGCUCCCGCUACGCUCAACAGCUUCAACAUGUGGACGAGAGCACUUGGCCCAUAGCCUUUAAUGUCUUGGCAUGGAAAUUGAUUCAAUUUGGUCUGAUGAAACAUUUAAUUCGGCGACUACACAAGUAUCCGGUCAAGAUCAACCGAGACGAGAGGAGCCGGCCGCCUCGUCUGUACACUGGUUCGCACAGCUAUGAUGAGAUCUGCUGCAAAACAGGAAUUAGUUAUAAAGAAUUGGAUGAGAGGCUGGAGAAUGACUCAAAUAUAAUUGUCUGCUGGAAGUGAGACUACAGCAAAUGUCAGGAGAGCUGCUGCAUGUCGUGCUGGCGUAGAGUUGAGCAGGAGUUUCCAAGCUGAAGAUCUGUUUUGUGAGGAGUGUGAGAGUUUCACCUUGAGUAGUGUAAGCUCUGCUGACUUUCAGUACUGAUAAAUUGUUCUGACUCUGCUGGAUUAAUUUAAAAAUAGGUGAAGCAUGUGUGACAGCAUAUCUCCUGAAAUAGGCUGUGAUCUGUAACUUAAGAGAUUUUGUAUUUAAAUUAUAUUGCAAUGAUCCUUACCCAAAUCUUCCUCCUGUGUGUAUGUGCCUUAUCAUGAGUAUCAAGGAGAGAGCAUGACCCCAUUUGACUGAUUCAAAUCCUCCCUUCUCCUCCAGUUGUUUAAAAUGCAUUCUUUGGUGAAACAUUCCUUAGCUAGCCUGUUAUGUAUUCGGUAUUAUAUACCAUACUACAUAACCUGUGGUAACCACGUUCAGACUCCAGUCUGUACUGCUUUAGCUGAUCUCACCUCGGAUGGUGGUGGUGCUGGUGGUGCUUUUGAGUGGUCUUGGAGCCCCAGGGCUUGUUGGAAUCCUGACCUCUGAAGUGUGUGGUCCAUCUGUUAAGACAUGUGCGUGUUCUGAUGAUCUCAAAUCAUUGUGAUGACUUUGCCGUUGAAUUUCUUGCCAACAUUGAAGAAUGUGUUACUGCUGAGCUCUCAGUACAUUUGAACCAGUGCUCUGUACAGAUCAGUGCCUUCAUGAGAAUAGCUAUGUACAGAAUCUGUACAGAUUGUUACGACUAGUUUUGGAUAAAUAGAAGCAUUUAAUACAUUAAAAUCUUCUAUUCUGAAGGAUGCAUAAAAUUAUGGUGUUUUAACAUCUCCAUUGCAAACUGAUUUCAAAUUUAAUUCAUGAGAUCAAAUUACAUGUAACUUUUAGAAGUAAUUCUGUUAAACUCAAUUGUAAUUUAAGAAAUGGUAAUCAUACAUCGCUUCAUGAAGUGACAUAUUUACAGCACAAAAGUACUGCACAUUAAUCUGACAUUUCAAAAUGCAACUGGAUCUCUGCCUGUAAAAGUUUUAAAAGCUUUCCAAAAAGGCAUUACUUUAGCCAGACAUCACUUACUCCUCAGAUUAUGCCCCACCUCUCUUCAACUCCUCCCUCCACUCCCAAAAGGACCAGGUCCUUUUUCAUUUGUGAUUUGCCUUUGGAAGAGUUUCGUCUUAAAAGUUGCAGUUUAAAUGCACGUUGUCACUGAUUAGCUGAAGAGGUAAUUGAGCAAUUGCGACUGAAGAACCCACACAGGUAUUUCUUCAAAUUGUGGUCACAUCACCCUGGCGGUGCGUGAAGUGGAAUUCUAAAGAAGUAAAUUUUUAUUGGAAUGGUCUGGGCAAGUCUGUGAUAGAGAAAAGCGAAAUGUAACCACUUGAGGCAGAUGUACAAGGAAGCAAGCAAACUGGGCAGACAUCUUAAAUCAUGUACAUGGCUUGUGGAGGCUUCCUUGUGGUAUGCUGCAUUUUAUUUUGUAAAAUUCACUGUUUUAGAAUUAUUCUUUGCAUCCUACCUGAUUGCGAGCUGUAUUUCAACACCAUAGCCCUUUGAUUAUAACUGCUGGCUGCUAUAAUCUUGGUAACAUUAAGGUAAGAUUGUGGAAUACUGAUAAUGUCACUGGAUUAAGAAAUACAUACAUAAACCCAGGUUAAUGCUCUGGGAACACAGGUUCACAGUAUAUCACAAUAGCUGAUGGAAUUUUCAAUUCAGUUAACAAAUCUUCAAUUGAAAGCUAGUGUCAGUGGAACUCAUUGAUUUUGUAAAGGCCUUUCUGCCAUCCCUGUCCAAUCUGGACUACAUCUGACUUAAGUCACAGAAAUGACUCUUAACUGUUCCUAGAAAUCAAGCCACUCAGUUCAAAGGCAAUUGGGUACAGACAAUAAUGCCUACAUCCCAUCAAAGAAUAAAAAAAAAUAUCCCCACCUCUUCCAUAUUUCACUGAAGCCAUUGUCCAUAUGUUUAUCAAAUAUUUCAACGCUUAGCUGGCCAGCCUCCUGUACACUUCAACCUGUCUGCUUCAUCAAACAGAGCUGUCCAUAUCCUGUCUAAUCUAGUCAUUACCUCUAUCUUUGCUAACUUAUAUUGACUGUCUGGCUCCCAGUGACUUUAGUAAUUCAUCAUUACAGGAGCGGUGUAAUUAGCUGAGUUGUUUCAGAGAGCUAAUGCUCAAAUUGAUAUGAUGGGCCAAAUGGCUUGCUCCUGUACCAUGUAGCUAUUUUAUGAUUUUUUUUAUGCAUCAUUGGCAGGUAGUCUUUCAGAUACAUGGGGCACACUCUAUGGAGUUCCCUCCUUAAACCCCUCUUCCUUUAACAACCUGACAAGCCCACCUCCUGAACUCCUUAUGUCUCUUUUUUCUGGGAGUUUUUCCCUUGUGCUUUUGUGAAGUGUCUCAAGAUACUUUUCUAUGUCAAAGCUGCCAGUGAUAUAAAUGCACAUUGAUAAAUUCAUAGGUUUUCUGUUGGAUAUUGAAACACUUUUAUUUACAACUGCCUCAAGUUUGAAGAAAACAGCCAUGGAUUUGUCCAUUUCUCAUCAGAAGUUAUGAGGUUGAUAUGGUGAUCGAGAAAGACGUGCUCACUGGACCCAGUACUGUCUUCAUCAUUGUCAGGGCGCAAUAUGUCCAGGUGGCCAUCUGCAAACGUCAUAUCAACGUUUCCUCAUGCAAAAACUGAGGUAUAUUUGCAGAUACUGGGCUCUGAGUGUUGACUGUAACCACCUUGAUCAUUCUUUGCUUGAGAGACUAUUUGGUGACUACUUAGCCAAGGGGUGUAUUACAGAACUUGAAGUCCCUGAACUUGCCAGCAAAGAGUUUUGAGUUAAUGAUUGGAGGCAAGGCCCCUUCCUGAUUCUUGUUAGUUAAGAUCUACUUCAUCCAGGCUACUGGAGGGUGCUGGAGAAUGAACUUUGAAGGUCCACACGUCUGUUUUGUUUUUCUUCCUGUUCUGGACUGCAUCCAACACUGGCCAGCUGUUUCCUUGUGCCAAUGCUGUUCCUAGUGAGUGCUCAUCAGGUCCAUUCUAACAUGGUCUCAAGACCACAGAAUGCAGCAGAGGCUCUUAGGUAAUCUGGCUGUCAGAAACCAAGAGAAAUUAGCUCAGAUCUUUGUAAAUGUGCAUUACACCAGCUCACAAAUUCUUUUGCCCCAAACCCAAAAUGAAAACUUACUGCAGAUUUCUAUACUUAUUUUUUUCCAGAAGAUUUGGUAACUCUUUCCAUUCUCCUUUCUGAAAACCAAACUUGGUGUUUGAAAAUCAUUGCUUCCUGAUUAGCCUGGACUUUUCAACUAUCUCUUUUCAGUGUUGGUGUUUGCUCCUCCUCUGUACCUUGCCCCUUUUUUCAGAUCCCUGAUAAUGGAAAGUAAUUUAUUUGAGAGAGUAAAAUGGCUUGUAUAUAUUUGAUGACAUUAAGUAUGAAAGAAAGCCUUCUCCACCCUCCCCCCAAUCCUAGUUCUUACGUUAUUUACUCCUAAGCAUUUUAAGAGAAAUGUUGAAGUUAUCAAUGGCAAUGACGCCUUGCCUGUGCUGGUCCCACCGCAUCAAUGAUAUUCACUUCUGCCGGUUGUGGUUGCCCACCAGGCAGCUGUGCCCCUGGACAUGUUCUCAUUUGGUCCCAAGUGUAAGUGACAUCCAGCUUUUCUGGUCUCAGCACAUCUGGACAAUGCAACUCCACUGGUGUCAUCUAUCCCUGAAACAUCAGUCUGUCUCUGUUAGUCUCAAUGCUGCAGGUCAGCGAAGUAGAUUCCAUCUGGCACGCAGCUCCCUCUCAGCUGGCUUCUUGCUUCAGUGGCAAUUACUUUGCUGGUUUAGUAUGCUAAUAAUGCAGAGUUUUCUGGCCCUGCCUCAACUCUGAGCUAUUUUGUCUGGAAAUCUGAAAUGCUAAUGUUUUAAACAUAUAUAUUUUACAUAUGUGGCUUUUUCCGAGUAUUGAUCCAAGUAUCUAUAUUAUGUUGAUAUAUAUGUGUACAUGUACUAUUGUUUAAAAUCCU